AUGGGCUUGGGUAUCGAGGCGGAAGCACUUGGAGUUACGAGGAACCUCGUCAGUACAGAAGAGGCGGACGCAGCUUCCGGCAUCGCCACCGACAGCGGCAUACGACUCAAAGAGUUCAACGACGAAGUGCUCAUUAUGUCCUGGCUAGUGCUCAACGACACGUACAAGACCGACAUCCCGCUCAUGCAUCCACCGUACAUGGUCGCGCUCGCCUCGCUCUACCUCGGCCUCAGCCUACACCUCCCCUCGUGCGAAAAGAUCAACGCCUCCCUCCGUACCACCCUCGACCAACGUUCCUCCCACCAACACUCACUCUCCUCUAUGCUGGACAACCCUACCUCCCACCCGUCGGAUCUGUUCUCAGCAACCCCGGAACCUCUUCCACCGACCAACGACGCGCUCACGUUCUUCGCUAGCCUCAACGUCUCGCUGCCGAUACUGGCAGAGGUGGUGCAGGAGAUGUUGAGCGGCUACAGCGUUCAGAACCAGACGGCGAGGUUGGUGCAGGACGCGCCGGGGAUGGUCAAGCUGUGCGAGAGGAUGAGGGAGAGUAGGAGACUCGACUUGAUGGCCAGAGCGAGGGAGAGGAGACGUGGUGGUGCUGCACAUGGAUAG